AUGGGUUACCCUGUUUCUCGACUGGGUUCACCUUCUAUCACCAUCAUCGCAUCAAGAUCACUCCCAUCAUCACCUACCAUCCUAUCAGCCAAGUCCAUCACUAAGCCUAGUUCCAUCUCAAUCUCCUUGUCCUACAUCAGUACUUCAAGCGCCAUGAGUGGCUCGCCCUCGACCAUACGAGUCGCCAUCCUCGGCGGUGGUUUGGCCGGAGCUGCCCUCCUACGCGGCCUGCUGCGCUACCAUCACAUCGCGGUUGACAUAUACGAGUCGCGGCCAACAUUCCAGGAAGAAGCACUGGGUCUUUCCCUAACAGACGACGCACAAGACAUCCUACAUGCCCUGGAUCCAGCACUAGACCAAUGUCUUGAUCGCGCUGGUGCCGUCCACAGCUUGCUCGACAUCCGCAUAGCUACAGGCCCCAAUGUUGGACAGAGAGUUCUCGUUGCUGGCCUCGAGGGUCACGUCAAGAAGACCCUUGGCCGACAAGCCCUGCUGGACGAGCUGCUGAAGGGAAUGCCGCCACAGAUUAUGCACCUCAACGCGCGAAUAGCCUCCAUCACCGAGCUAACGGCGGGUGAGGGCCUCCUCGUAACCUUCGCCGACGGGUCGCAGAAGAAGUACGACGUGGUCAUAGGGGCUAGCGGCUUCAACGGGCUCGCCCGGAAACACGUGCUAGGCGCCGACAACCCGGCUGUGAAGCUGCACCAUACCGGAGUCUGGGGCCUGCCCAUCACGGUGCCACUGGAUAAGGCACAAGAGGCCAUGGGCACUGAGUUCCUGGAUCCAGGCAACCCGACCCAGACGGCUUGGAUCGCGGAUGGAAUUCUGAUGCAGCACAACUUGCUGAACCAUGGCAGAGAUGUCCAGAUCUCUAUCUAUGUCCGCUACUACGACUGCGGCGAGGACGCGCCGUGGGCGAGGCUGUUCUCACCCGACGAGUUUAGCGGAAUAUUUGCAGAUAUCCACUCUCCAGUGUGUCAGGGCAUGGUCAAGCUCAUCCAGAGCAUCUAUACUGUCCAAAUCGCCGGCAUCUGCCAGAUGCAGCACCAGCCGACUCCUCAAAGCUACGUCACCAAGAACGCCUGCCUCAUCGGCGACUCGGCGUACGCCAUGAUGGUGCACCAGGGCGCCGGCGCCAUCAUAGCUCUCGAGGAGGCCCUCGUCCUCAGCACUCUGCUUGGGCGGGCUUCCUCGCGCGAGGCCAUCCCCGCCGCCCUGCAGGCUUUCGACCGGACAUGCAGACCCAGGGCCGAGCAUGCCGCGCAGUACAGUGCUCAUCUCGGCCUGGUUUUCACGGGUCGGCAUCCCAGUGUCGGGCCCGAUGCGGGCUUGAUUGCGCAGGAGCUGCAGCGGCGGUGGGUUUUCCUGGCGCAGACUGAUGUUGAGGCCCAGCGGGCUGCUGCGGUCGGGCUCAUGGAUCAGCUUCUUGCCGGCGGGAGGUGCUACUAA